UUGAGUUAAUGGUUUUAUUCUGGUUAGUCAGAUAAAUCUCCUGUUUGACUGGGAAGGGAUUCUGACGCGAGAAAUGAUGCUAAUAACAUUAGCUCCAGUAGCUACAUGAUACGUCUACGUACGUUUAGGCAGCUGUUACGUUUACGUACAGUUGUCUUCACAUUAACUGAUGGAGUUUCCUGAAGAUUUCAAUCAACUCGAGCUUCUGAACACACAUGGACACUUGAUCCCCCGUGGAACCAGCAGCCUGUGGACAGGCAGCAAUGAUGUGGAAGAAGAGGAGGAGGAGGAGGAGGAGGACGAGGAGGAGGAUGAAGGGGAACGUAGCGAGGAGUGGUAUCUAGGAAAGGAGGAAGCUCUCAAAGACAAACCAGUUGAGCUCAUUCUGUGGGCUGCAGAAAACAAUCGUCUUUCACCCAUCCACAGAUUAUUAUCGGCUGAUCCACUGCUGGUGCACUGCUGUGAUGCGGACGGGUACACUCCCCUGCACCGUGCAGCCUACAGCGGCCAUGUGGAGGUUGUUUCUGCUUUACUCGCUGCCGGCUCCAGGGUUGACCCCCGCACCAUCGAUGGCUGGACGCCCCUUCACAGCGCCUGCUGGUGGAGCCGCGUCACCGUGGGGAGUCUCCUCCUGCAGCGAGGGGCCGAGCUGAACGCUCAGACCAAUGGCGGGCUCACGCCACUACACCUGGCCGCUUCACACGCCAGCUCCUCAAAGACAGACUCCGCCCAGACGCUGGAGCUGCUGCUGUCCCACAGACACCUGAAGCCGGGGCUUCUCAGCAGCACCGGGGAGACGGCCAGUGAGGUGGCCCGCCGCAGUGGCCCGCAUCACUUCCUGUUUGAGAUUGUAGAGGACUGUGUCAAUGUGGUACCAGACGCGUGAACAAGUGCACGUAGAGUCUCACAUUUACUUCCCUAUGUUCUCAAUCUGGACAGCAGCUACGUUAUCGACCAAUCUACACAAUUAUUAACUGUUGAAUCUUUUCAUCUAUUACAAAUAUUGUUACUUCAGACCAACAGUCCGGAUGUUCAGCUUAUUGUCUUUUAGGACAGAAAGGCACAAAGUCAGUUCAUCUAAGAAGCUGAAACCGGCGAACGACCUUCCCUUGGACUUAACUCAAUACAUCUUUGCUGAUGUUCAUGGUUAUCAUAAUAUCAUAAGGCUGUCUCUUUGUUUUAUUCUUUCCCCUGUACGUCUCAAAUUUGGCCAUUUUAUGCUUGAAGAACAACUUAAUAACGGAUUAAUUACCCAAAAUUUGUUGUCUAAUGUUCUGUCAGUGAACUAAGUGAUUAUUGUUUUCAACCUCUCCGCCUGAGUUCAUGGUCACUGUGAGUUUGUUCUAUAACCUUCAACAGAAAUCACUAUUUUGAUCUCACAAUCGACACAACUGACAUCAAACUGUCUAUUUAAAGUAGUUUCUAUUGUCGGAAACAGAUUAACGCGACCUCUGACUUUUUUUCUUGCACUCUGCCUCAAAAGCAUCGUGGCAACAUUAAAAUGUCAAUGAAUACAA